ACGCGGCGCUCGCGCUCCCGGCUUAAAUGAGCCCGGCGCCCCGCGCCCGCCACUUCAGCGAUCCCGCGCCGCGGCCGCGGGCGGAGCUGCCCGGCUGUCCGGGGCCGCUCAUCGGCUCCCAUCGGCUCCGCGCGGCCGAGGGACUCAGCGCCGCCGGUCAGGAGGCGGCGCCCGUCGGGGGCCUCGGGCAGCGCCGGAGCCCGCCGGGGGCUCGGGCAUGGCGGGCCGCGGGACCUGAGCCCUGGCCCGUGGGGAGGCAGCCUGGUGGCCGGCGAUGGGGACGGAGCGGGGCUGCCGCCGCGCCGGGCCGUGAGCGCAGCCGCCGCCUCAGCCCCCUGAAGCGCCGGGCCGCCUGCGAACAUGGCCCUGGCGCAGCUGUGCCCGGUCCUCAAAGUGUUGUUAAUAACAAUACUGGUAGUGGAAGGAAUCGCCGUGGCCCAAAAAACCCAAGAUGGACAAAAUAUUGGAAUCAAGCACAUUCCUGCAACCCAGUGUGGCAUUUGGGUUCGAACCAGCAAUGGAGGUCAUUUUGCUUCACCAAAUUAUCCUGACUCAUAUCCACCAAACAAAGAGUGUAUCUACAUUUUGGAAGCUGCUCCACGUCAAAGAAUAGAGUUGACCUUUGAUGAACAUUAUUAUAUAGAACCAUCAUUUGAAUGUCGGUUUGAUCACUUGGAAGUUCGAGAUGGGCCAUUUGGUUUCUCUCCUCUUAUAGAUCGUUACUGUGGCGUGAAAAGCCCUCCAUUAAUUAGGUCAACAGGGAGAUUCAUGUGGAUUAAGUUUAGUUCUGAUGAAGAACUUGAAGGACUGGGAUUUCGAGCAAAGUACUCAUUUAUUCCAGAUCCAGACUUUACUUACCUAGGAGGUAUUUUAAAUCCCAUCCCAGAUUGCCAGUUUGAGCUCUCAGGAGCUGAUGGAAUAGUGCGUUCUAGUCAGGUAGAACAAGAAGAGAAAACGAAACCUGGCCAAGCAGUCGACUGCAUAUGGACAAUUAAAGCCACACCGAAAGCGAAGAUUUAUUUGAGGUUCCUAGAUUAUCAAAUGGAGCACUCAAAUGAAUGCAAGAGAAACUUCGUUGCAGUCUAUGAUGGAAGCAGUUCUAUUGAAAAUCUGAAGGCCAAGUUUUGCAGCACUGUGGCCAAUGACGUAAUGCUUAAAACAGGAGUUGGAGUGAUACGAAUGUGGGCAGAUGAAGGUAGUCGGCUUAGCAGGUUUAGAAUGCUCUUUACUUCCUUUGUGGAGCCUCCCUGCACAGGCAGCACUUUCUUCUGCCACAGCAACAUGUGCAUCAAUAAUUCUCUGGUCUGUAAUGGUGUUCAGAACUGUGCCUACCCUUGGGACGAAAAUCAUUGCAAAGAAAAGAAAAAAUCAGGACUAUUUGAACAAAUCACUAAAACUCAUGGAACAAUUAUUGGCAUUACAUCAGGGAUUGUCUUGGUCCUUCUCAUUAUUUCUAUUUUAGUACAAGUGAAACAGCCUCGAAAAAAGGUCAUGGCUUGCAAAGCUGCUUUUAAUAAAACUGGGUUCCAAGAAGUGUUUGAUCCUCCUCAUUAUGAACUAUUUUCACUGAGGGACAAAGAGAUUUCUGCGGACCUGGCAGACUGGUCGGAGGAGCUGGACAGCUGCCAGAAGGUGCGGCGCCCCUCCAGCGCCUCCCGGUGCAUCCACGACCACCACUGCGGGUCGCAGGCGCCCAGCGCGAAACAGAGCAGGACCAACCUCGGUUCCAUGGAGCUGCCUUUCCGAAACGACUUUGCACAACCACAGCCCAUGAAAACGUUUAAUAGCACCUUCAAGAAAAGUAGCUACACCUUCAAACAGGCACAUGAGUGCCCUGACCAGGCCCUAGAAGACAGAGUAAUGGAGGAGAUUCCCUGUGAAAUUUAUGUCAGGGGGCGAGAAGAUUCCGCACAAGCGUCCAUAUCCAUCGACUUUUAAUCUUCCACUAAAGGUGACGUUAGUUAGUCGUGAAGAGGCCUACAAAAUACAGAGCCUUUAAAGAAGAUUUAACGGUAAAACAGCACAGAACAUGUUCACUGGCGAGACGGGAUGGGAAAAGCCUGGUUGUGAUUGCAGGAAUAAUUCUCAAUCAAAGGAGAUUAUGCUCUUAUUGCAAAAUGGCAUCUGCUGUAUUGUUCAUGUUACUUUAUCGCAAGUACGAAAAAUAAUAUGCCUUGAAUCACACUGAUUAGACCCAAAAGGAACUUUGAGUUUUCAGUGUUUUUAAAGAUCCAAGGAAGAUGAUCUGUUCCAACUUUAUUAAUGAGAAGACUGGAGCCCAAAGAAGUAAAGUGAGUACCCAUGUCUCAGAACUCCUAGCCCAGCACUCUUUGUUUUUGCUGUCUUGUUGCUUUUCCCAGCUAAAAAUUGUAAAAAUUAAGCAGUCUAAAUAGCAGCCCAGAUGUUUCAUGUAAGCUUGUCAAUCAUUUUGAUUUAAAAUGUAAUUUAUUCUGUAAUAAUUUUUCUCAAAGCAUUAUAUUUCACCUUUUUUUCUUUAUGUACAUAAUACUGUUAUUUUACAGUUUUGUUGCCAUGAUUCCUUGGCACCUGAAAACUCUGCAAGACAAUUACUGUGAAUUCUUAAUAAACAAUGUUUGUUAACAGUGUAUAGGCUUGAUAAUAGAGCUUCUGUGUUUUUGCUUUUGUGAUCUUUUUUAAAUCUAAAAGAAACAAUGUAUA